CGCAGGCGCAGUGCGGAUAAACAGGAAGCGGGCGGCAGAGGCAGCGGCAGAGGCAGCUCAGGGACUCCAGGGGCAAAUAGUCGAGGAAUUAAGGCCGUUUGGAGGGCGACGGACGCUGAGGACGAAAGAAGGCUCCUCGGCCCUCCUUCCGUGAAGACGCGGUGGCGGUCUCGCCUUCCGCUUAGGCUCCCGGCUCCCAGCCCAGGCGGAGGCAGCGGCUGACAAAGGGCUCUAGCCGGUGCCGCCGCCCUUCUCAUCCGGGCACUCGGGCCCCCGCCGAGAGGAAGGGGGAAGGGCGGAGGGGGAGGGGAAGGAGCCCGGGAGACGCGCGUUCGGAGCCGCGGCCCUUCGCAGGGCUCCGGCCUGUGGCCCAACGGACCGAGGAGGAGCUGCGGCGGUGGCGGCGGCCGGCGGCAGGAGGAUGGUGCAGAAGGAGAGCCAGGCGGCGCUGGAGGAGCGGGAGAGCGAGCGCAACGCCAAUCCUGCCGCAGCCUCGGGGGCCUCGCUGGAGCCGCCAGCAGCUCAGGCGCCCGGAGAAGACAACCCAUCCGGAGCCGGGGCGGCGGCCGGGGCCGGGGCGGCCGGAGGGACCCGCAGGUUCCUGUGCGGCGUGGUGGAAGGGUUUUAUGGAAGACCUUGGGUAAUGGAACAGAGAAAAGAACUCUUUAGAAGGCUUCAGAAAUGGGAAUUAAAUACAUACUUGUAUGCUCCAAAAGAUGACUACAAACACAGGAUGUUUUGGCGAGAGAUGUAUUCAGUGGAAGAAGCUGAGCAACUUAUGACUCUCAUCUCUGCUGCACGAGAAUAUGAGAUAGAAUUCAUCUAUGCUAUUUCACCAGGAUUGGAUAUCACCUUUUCUAACCCCAAGGAAGUAUCAACAUUGAAACGCAAACUAGAUCAGGUCUCUCAGUUCGGGUGCAGGUCAUUUGCUUUGCUUUUUGAUGAUAUUGACCAUAAUAUGUGUGCAGCAGACAAAGAAGUGUUCAGUUCUUUUGCACAUGCACAAGUCUCUAUCACAAAUGAAAUUUAUCAGUACCUAGGAGAACCGGAAACGUUCCUCUUCUGUCCUACUGAAUAUUGUGGCACUUUCUGUUACCCAAAUGUGGCUCAGUCUCCUUACUUAAGAACCGUGGGUGAAAAGCUUUUGCCUGGAAUUGAGGUGCUUUGGACAGGUCCAAAAGUUGUUUCAAAAGAAAUUCCAGUAGAGUCUAUUGAAGAAGUUUCUAAGAUCAUCAAGAGAGCGCCAGUGAUCUGGGAUAAUAUUCAUGCUAAUGACUAUGAUCAGAAGAGGCUAUUUCUGGGUCCCUACAAAGGAAGAUCCACAGAACUCAUCCCACGGUUAAAGGGAGUGCUGACUAAUCCAAAUUGUGAAUUUGAAGCUAACUUUGUUGCUAUCCACACCCUUGCCACUUGGUACAAGUCAAACAUGAAUGGAGUUAGAAAGGAUGUAGUGAUGACUGACAGUGAAGACAGUACUGUAUCAAUACAGAUAAAGUUAGAAAAUGAAGGCAGUGAUGAAGACAUUGAAACUGAUAUACUGUAUAGUCCACAGAUGGCUUUAAAGCUGGCUUUAACGGAAUGGUUGCAAGAUUUUGGCGUACCUCAUCAGUACAGCAGCAGGCAAGUUGCACAUAGUGGAGCUAAGGCAAGUGUAGUUGACGGGACUCCUUUAGUUGCAGCACCUUCUUUAAAUGCCACGACUGUAGUUACAACAGUUUACCAGGAGCCCAUUAUGAGCCAGGGAGCAGCUUUGAGUGGUGAACCAUCAUCUAUGACCAAGGAGGAAGAGAAGAAACAGCCAGAUGAAGAACCCAUGGAUAUGGUGGUAGAAAAACAAGAAGAAUCAGAGCACAAGAAUGACAAUCAAAUACUAACUGAAAUUGCUGAAGCUAAAAUGGCAGAGGAAUUGAAACCAAUGGACACAGAUAAGGAGAGCAUAGCUGAAUCAAAAUCGCCAGAGAUGUCUAUGCAAGAAGAUUGCAUUAAUGAUAUUGCUCCUAUGCAGACUGAUGAACAAACAAACAAGGAACAGUUUGUGCCAGGUCCAAAUGAAAAACCUUUGUACGCUGCAGAGCCUGUGACUCUAGAGGACUUGCAGUUACUUGCUGAUCUCUUCUAUCUUCCAUAUGAGCAUGGACCCAAAGGAGCACAGAUGUUACGGGAAUUUCAGUGGCUUCGAGCAAACAGUAGUGUUGUCAGUGUCAAUUGCAAAGGGAAAGACUCUGAAAAAAUUGAGGAAUGGCGGUCUCGAGCGGCCAAGUUUGAAGAGAUGUGUGCACUAGUGAUGGGGAUGUUCACUCGGCUCUCCAAUUGUGCCAACAGGACGAUCCUUUAUGACAUGUACUCCUACGUUUGGGACAUCAAGAGUAUAAUGUCUAUGGUGAAGUCUUUUGUACAGUGGUUAGGGUGUCGUAGUCAUUCUUCAGCACAGUUCUUAAUUGGAGACCAAGAGCCCUGGGCCUUUAGAGGUGGUCUAGCAGGAGAGUUCCAGCGUUUAUUGCCAAUUGAUGGGGCAAAUGAUCUCUUUUUUCAACCACCUCCACUGACGCCUACCUCCAAAGUUUAUACUAUCAGACCUUAUUUUCCUAAAGACGAGGCUUCUGUGUACAAGAUUUGCAGAGAAAUGUAUGAUGAUGGAGUGGGCUUACCUUUUCAGAGUCAGCCGGACCUUAUUGGAGACAAGUUAGUAGGAGGACUGCUUUCCCUCAGCCUGGAUUACUGUUUUGUCCUAGAAGAUGAAGAUGGCAUUUGUGGUUAUGCCUUAGGCACUGUAGAUGUGACACCCUUCAUUAAAAAAUGUAAAAUUUCCUGGAUUCCCUUCAUGCAGGAAAAGUACACCAAGCCAAAUGGUGACAAAGAGCUCUCAGAGGCUGAGAAAAUAAUGUUGAGUUUCCAUGAAGAGCAGGAGGUUUUGCCAGAAACUUUCCUUGCCAACUUCCCUUCUCUGAUAAAGAUGGAUAUUCACAAAAAAGUUACAGACCCAAGUGUUGCUAAAAGCAUGAUGGCUUGUCUCCUGUCUUCACUGAAGGCGAAUGGAUCCCGGGGGGCUUUCUGUGAAGUAAGACCAGAUGAUAAAAGAAUUCUGGAAUUUUACAGCAAGUUAGGCUGUUUUGAAAUUGCAAAGAUGGAAGGAUUUCCAAAGGAUGUGGUUAUACUUGGUCGGAGCCUGUGACAUUGGUUGGCACUGUGAACUGUUCAGUCUCUUAACCCCACCUUGUGGUUGGUGGUUGAGGUCUUCGCACAGUUCAGUCGCUGAAGCCGUAACAGAUCAGCCAGUUGAAUUGGAAACAAAGAUGACUGUAGAACUCACCAUGCCAUGUUCAGACUGCUCACUGGUUGGAAGAUAGUACUGCUGCAUAUCCUGUGGGAAACAGAUGUGGUGUGUCCCUCCUUUGGGUCUUGGGUUAGGAGUCAGGACCUCUUAUGGGGCUCUGUAGGGAUAGGAUCUUAAAUAAAUGUAGUCAGCACUAUUUUCUGCAUCCAGUGUGGUUGCAUUUCUCACCUAAGAGUAAUGAAGGCCACUCUUUGUUCUCCUUGGUGCUGAAUGAACUGUCUCUGUUCUUUGGAGACAUGGCAGGAAUGACAAAGAAUUAGUGGGGUUCCAAUUUGAGGCAAUUUUUCUGCUUUUUGUAAAGCUCUGGCUAACUAUCUCUGUGAUGUUGGUUCAGGCAGUUGUACUUUGUAGGGACAAAUGUGCAUUUGUUUGUGGCAAAGGCCUAAAUUGACAAACAUGUAAAUUUCUUUGUAUAUAGACUAUAGCUGUAAUCUGACUGUUCUUUUUGUUUACUGUUUUUUUUUUCCUUUGAAAAUGAAAGGUGUUGGUUUUAGAUGGCACUUUGAAUAAUGUAAACCAGUGGAUGGUAGAUUUCAUGUUUGUCUUCAGAAUGCCUCCCACAUAGAGAUAGGCCACGGCUGUUCGUGGAGAUUGUCAGCUUUAUAGGACUCAAAUCUAUUGGGAAGUGCAUUACUUCUGAAGGUUAACCUUCAUAGCAGAUCCGCAUGUGAAAUGUUCUGACACUGUUGUCAAAGUAAGGGUAAGUAAAGGGACUGACUCAAAAGUGGUCUCUUUUGCCCUUAGAACAGUUGUCAUGUUCUCUCAAGACCUGUUAACUACUGGUUUAAUUGAAUCAGUCUUUAAUUCCUGCAUGUUUGUAUCUAAUUUUUAAAAGAAAGAAUAAGUAUAUGUUAACCAUAGGUAUACUUUUUCUUUUAAUCAGAAGUUCAGAAAACUUCAUGUAUUUUAAUUUAGAUUUGGUGAAUUUAAGGGUUUAAGCAUGAAGCUGGCAGAUGGUCUCUGCAGGGUUUGUUUUGUUUUUUUUUUGUUUGUUUUGAAAUCAUGGCUAGCUAGUGUCUUUAUAGAUUUCAACAGUAUUUUGUUAUCUUCCCUCUAGUUUUUCAUCAGCUUUUGAUCUUUGAGCUGAGGGGUGGGGAGAGAGAGAAAAGGAAACUUGAACAUUUACUUUUAUAGAACUCCAGUGUGAGCUUUUGAGAUAGUCUUAAAUUUAGCACUAUAUCUAGUGUACCUAGUGACUUCCAACUGAGGCCCAGGAGAGAGUGCUUACUUAGAAGCCUCUUAGGGUAAAAACCUAAUUGUGAUAGGCUAUGUUGGAAAACUGAAAUCAAGUUUGGUUUUGAAGGCUGAGGUGAAGGGCAAAAUUGUUACUAGAUACUAAGACCAUUUAUUUAAUGUUCCUCACCUAUGCCCCAGUGGGAAUUACAACCUUUUAUUUGGAGGGUUUCAGAAUCAGUUUCAUACAGAAUCAGGAAUAUUAAACCAGUUGCUUUUUGUUUCAUGUUGGCUUUCAAUAAUCACUUUGAAUGAUCUGAACAUACCUGAAACGUGUCCAGGUUUUUACCAUCAUCGCUCUAGGAUAAAGUGCUGUGCCAGCUUCCAUGGUUAUGAAUAUUAAGGUUGGAAUACCAUUUCAUUGAUUGUGUGAAUCACAGCUCAGUUUCUGUAGAAAACGAACUGUAAAACUAUCUGAAGACCAUGCAAGAGGCAAAAUAAAACUUGAAGUGAA